AUGGCUUUCCUGGAAACCAUCGCUGCCCUCUCGUGGCAGCAGACCGCAUGUCUGCUUGCAGUCAUCUGGGUCCUCUACGUCGUCCAGCUGGUCAUCACCCGGCUAUGGCUCAGCCCGCUGGCCCAUAUCCCCGGCCCCAAGCUGGCGGCCCUAACUCAAUACUAUGAGUUCUACUACGACAUUGUCCUGGGGGGACAAUACACCUUCAAGAUCCUCGACAUGCACGAACGAUAUGGCCCCAUCGUUCGCAUCAACCCCUGGGAGGUCCAUGUAGGAGACCCCGAGUUCUUCUCGGAGCUCUACGCUGGACCUGGCCGUCGCCGAGACAAGUGGAGUUUCUACACUCAGCAGUUCGGUGCUCCUCGUAAGCAACCUUCCUCUCAGGACAUUUUUUCAGCUGGGACUGACAAUGUAACAGAGAGCGCUCUUGCGACCGUCGACCACAACCUCCACAAGUUGCGGCGAAGCGCGCUGAACCCUUUCUUCUCAACUCAAAGUGUGCGCAAAUUGCAGCCAGUGAUUGAGGAGCGAGGGGAUGCUCUUUUGGACUCAUUUCGGAACUACGCUCGUGUGUCAAACGGCCAGCCUCUGGACGUCAUGUACCCUUUUUCGGCCUACACUAACGAUGUAAUCAACGAGUAUGCUUUUGCUCGAAGCGAUCACUUGGUCGAGGAGUCGGACUUUGGCGCCGAGGUUACCAAUAACCUUCUCAUUGGCACACACAUGGGCCCGUGGGUCAAGCACGUCAACUGGGUGCUCACACUCGUCAAUGCUCUGCCCGAGUCUAUCUCGAGUCGAUGCGUACCUGGAUGGGGUGGAUUCUUGAAGAUGAAGAACGACAUCCUCGAUCAAAUUCACAGCAUCGAAACCCAGCAAACCACAGACAAAUGGACGCUCGACGGGAGCCACCCUACCAUCUUCCAUGAGCUGCUCUCAUCGAAGACACUCCCCGCCCGGGAGAAGACGCCGUCACGCCUCGCACAGGAGGGUCAGAUUCUCGUUCAAGGAGGAACCCUGACCACCUCCUGGGCCAUGUCACUGGCGACGUUCCACCUCUUGAACCGCCCAUCUACUCUGCGCAAGCUCCGCGAUGAACUCUUUGAAGCCAUUCCCGACCCUACUGAGGUUGUGCCUUUGGCGAAGCUAGAGAACCUCCCGUACCUUCGCGGGGUUGUUAAGGAAGCCCUGCGCCUUGGCAUCGGGACUAGCAGUCGAUUGGCUCGUGUUGCACCAGACGAGACUCUCGUCUAUUACGACCGAGACAACGACAAGGAGUGGCAUCUUCCUCCAGGCUCCGUCGUGGGCAUGAGCCCCUACCAGACCGUCAUGGACGACUCCAUCUUCUACGACGCCAAGGGAUUCCACCCCGAACGUUGGGUCGAGGAUGGCGAGCACCUGGAGAAAUAUCUUACAAUCUUCUGUGCUGGCACUCGGGUCUGCCUGGGCAUGGCUCUCGCGCAUGCUGAAAUUUAUUUGAUGCUGGCCAAGCUGUUUCGACAGUGGGGAAGUGGCGGCGUCGUUUUCGGCAGCGACGAAGGAGACGUAAGAGACGGAGACGUUGGAUAUCUCAGCAUUUACGAAACACGGGUUCGGGAUUGCGAAAUGGCGGCGGAUUACUUUAUCCCCAUCCCCUACAAGGGAUCCGAGGGUCUCCGCUUCGUCUUUGAGGCUUACUGA